AUGCCUCCUGCUGUGGUCGACAAGGAGGCCAAGGAGGCCUUAGCGAAGGAUGCGCUUGAGAAGUUUCUGAAGAUUGGCCUGGACGAAAAGACCGCUCAGAAUGCCGUCGCGAACGCCAAGGUCACCGCGAACCUCGUCGAAGUGAUCAAAGAGGCAGCUCUCGAAGACGGGUGCGACAAGGCCAUUGGCAACUUACUCUACACGGUUGCCACCAAGUUCCCUGCCAAUGCGCGCGUGCACCGCCCCACGCUGCUGUCCUAUGUCACUUCCCAGAAGAUCAAGACGGUGCCUCAGCUGGAGGGAGCUCACGCAUAUCUGGCAACUGUGGGUCAGGAGCCUCUCAACACCGCUGAGCUGGAGGCAAAGAGUGGAGUAGGCGUGGAGGUAUCAGUGGAGGACAUAAAGGCAGCAGUCACUGAGGCUGUGACGGCGGUCAAAGAGAAGCUGGUGGAGGAGCGAUACCGCUUCAACGUGAGUGGGGCUGUAGUGAGUGGGGCUGUAGCGAGUGGGGCUGUAGCAAGUGGGGCUGUAGCGAGUGGGGCUGUAGCAAGUGGGGCUGUAGCAAGUGGGGCUGUAGUGAGUGGGGCUGUAGCGAGUGGGGCAGUAGCGAGUGAGGCUGUAGCGAGUGGGGCAGUAGCGAGUGGGGCUGUAGCGAGUGGGGCUGUAGCGAGUUGGGCUGUAGCGAGUGGGGCUGUAGCGAGUGGGGCUGUAGCGAGUGGGGCUGUAGCGAGUGGGGCUGUAGCGAGUGGGGCUGUAGCGAGUGGGGCUGUAGCGAGUGGGGCUGUAGCGAGUGGGGCUGUAGCGAGUGGGGCUGUAGCGAGUGGGGCUGUAGCGAGUGGGGCUGUAGCGAGUGGGGCUGUAGCGAGUGGGGCUGUAGCAGCAGUCAAAAGAGAAGCUGGUGGAGGAGAGAUCCAGUUUCAAUGCCUCCUCUCACCCCUGGGUCUCAUUCUCGCCAAGGUUCGAGGGCUGCAGCCAUGGGCGGAUGGCAAGCUGGCCAAGGUUCACAGUGUGCUCUCUGACAGUCUCUGCAUCUCUGCACAGAAGUGCGUUGAGAGUGUGCUGAGCGGUGCCGGCUGUGUUUUACCCUGGACUGGACCUGUGCAUCUGUGCGAGCAGGAGGAGGUGGAUGCACAGGUGCUGGCUGUACUCGGCCCCAAGACAGAGGCGGGCGAGGCAAAGCCCGCCAAGACGAAGAAGGAGAAGAAACCCAAGGGGGAGGAGGUGGAUGCACAGGUGUUGGCGGUGCUGGGGCCAAAGACAGAGGCGGACGAGGCCAAACCCGCCAAGAAGAAGAAGGAGAAGAAACCCAAGGGGGACGACUCCGCCGGGGGAGAGGCAGGCGACAAAGCAGCAGGCACAGCAGGAGCAGCGGGGGCAGCGGGAGCAGCAGGGUUGGCAGUGGGGGUGGAUGGAGGGGAGGAGUCAGACCCGUAUGCUAUCUUCCCCAACCCGCAGGAUAACAACAAGGUGCACACGGAGAUCUUCUUCAGUGACAGCACCACAUGGCGCCCCAAGAACAGCCGCGAGGCCCUCGAGAAGCAUCUGGCAGUGACGGGGGGAAAGGUGUGGUCGCGCUUUCCUCCCGAGCCCAACGGCUAUCUGCACAUCGGGCAUGCCAAGGCCAUGUAUGUGGACUUUGGCCUUGCUAAGGAGAGAGACGGCAACUGCUACCUGCGGUAUGAUGACACCAACCCAGAGGCGGAGAAGCAGGAGUACAUCGAUCACAUUGAGGAGAUAGUUUCUUGGCUGGGGUGGAAACCGUUCAAGGUCACCUACAGCAGCGACUACUUCCAGGAGCUCUACGACCUGGCAGUGCAGCUCAUCAAAUCCGGCCAUGCAUACGUGGACCACCAGACAGCUGAGGAAAUCAAGCAGUACCGCGAGAAGCACCUGGAGAGCCCGUGGAGAAACAGGCCUGUGGAGGAGUCGCUCAAGCUGUUUGAGGACAUGAGGAGAGGGUUGGUGGAGGAAGGGGCGGCUACGCUGAGGAUGAAGCAGGAUAUGAGAAACGAGAACCCCAACAUGUGGGACCUCAUUGCCUAUCGCAUCAAGUUCACCUCACACCCACACGUGGGAGACAAGUGGUGCAUCUACCCCAGCUACGACUACACGCACUGCAUCAUCGACUCACUCGAGAACAUCACACACUCUCUGUGCACGUUGGAGUUUGAGACGCGGAGGGCAUCCUACUACUGGCUGCUGGAGGCGUUGGGUCUGUACCAUCCGUACGUGUGGGAGUAUGCGCGCCUUAACAUCACCCACACCAUGCUUUCCAAACGGAAGCUGAACCGGCUGGUGACGGAUCAUCAUGUGAACGGGUGGGACGACCCACGACUCAUGACGCUGUCAGGGCUGCGGAGGAGGGGCGCCCACCCCGCUGCCAUCAACGCAUUCUGCCGAGCCGUGGGCAUCACGAGAAAUGAGAAUGUGAUCCGAGUGGAGCUGCUAGAGCACUUCAUGCGCGACCAUCUGAACCGCAAUGCACCGCGCUCGCUCGUGGUGCUGAAGCCACUGAAGGUGGUGAUUACAAACGUGGGGGAGAAGGAGGUGGAGAUGGUGGAGGGUAAGCGAUGGCCCGACGCUAAGGAGGGAGACCCAGAGGCAACAUACAAGCUGCCCUUCUCCCGAGUGGUCUACAUAGAGCAGUCUGACUUCCGAGUGAAGGACAGCAAGGACUAUUACGGUCUCGCACCCAACAAAUCUGUCAUGCUCAGGUACGCGUACCCUAUAAAGUGUACCGAGGUCAUCUAUGCGGAGGAUGGCAUGACUGUGAAGGAGCUGAGGGCGGAGUGUGACCGGGCCAAGAGCACCAAACCCAAGGGUGUGAUCCAUUGGGUGGCAGAGCCCCAGCCCGGCCAAGCCCCCCUUACAGUCACAAUUCGCCUAAUCAACAAGCUCUUCCUCUCCGAGAACCCGAACGAGCUGGAGGACUGGCUGGGGGACCUGAACCCCGAGUCCAUGGAGGAGAUUCAGGGGGCGCUGGCAGAGCCGUCGCUGGCAGGGAAGCCUGCUGGCAGCACCUUCCAGUUCGAGAGGCUUGGCUAUUUCUGCGUCGACACUGAUUCCACGGACACUAGCCUGGUCUUUAAUCGCACUGUUACACUGAAGGAGUCGUACCCCAAGUUUGGGGCAAAAUAA